GCAGGAAUGUACCGUUUCUCAGACGGAGAAGCAACACCAAGCCAGAAAGCAGCUCUCGUCCCCAGCACCAUCUCCAACCUAGCAAUAGAAGUCCAUUCCCUCACCUACGCAUUCCCCCACACCCCGCCUGCCUUGCGCGACCUCACCCUGCUCGUCCAGCCCGGACAGAGGAUCAUCCUCAUCGGAGCGAACGGCGCGGGGAAGAGCACGCUUUUGCAGUUGCUUGCGGGGAAGAGGCUGACAAAGGAGAGCAUACAUGUUUUGGGAAAGGACGUCUUUCAUCAAGGGAGUCAAGGAGUCACCUUCCUCGGUACGGAAUGGGCUUCCAACCCCGUUGUGAGAUCCGACAUCCUCGUAUCUACAUUCCUCGACUCCGUAGGUGGAUGGAGACACAAAGAGCGUCGAGAUCGUCUCCUAGACCUGUUAGACGUCGACCUAGACUGGCACAUGCACGCCAUCUCCGACGGCGAGCGAAGGCGUGUACAGCUCUGUAUGGGUCUUAUGGCUCCUUGGGAAAUGUUGCUCCUGGACGAAGUGACGGUAGACCUGGACGUGCUGGUCCGACAUCAUCUACUCGGGUUCUUGAAAGAGGAGAGCGAGCAAAGAGGGGCUACUGUCAUCUACGCGACACACAUAUUUGACGGACUGGGCAGUUUCCCGACGCAUAUCGCCCACCUACACCUAGGCACUCUGACAACCGCAGCGCCCAUCCCCUGGCCUAUCCCUCCCGGUCACCCUGGGCUGCCCCUCAAGCUGCGGAGCACUUCAGAGCCGUAUGGACUGUGGGACCUCGCCCUUGCUUGGCUGGAAGAAGAUCGGGAGAGGAGGAUACGCGAGGGGGAGAGGGCGCGCAGUGGGAGUGGGCGUGGGGGGAGGGCGGGACAGAGGGGCGCGAGGAGGGAAGAGGUCGAGAGGGAUAGCGAGGCGUUUUAUAAGAAGUACGACUAUUCGCAUUGAACCAGUCAUGCCGGGGAAGGAUAGAAGUGAAGAGUAGGAGGAUAGCGGGCCUUCAACGGCACCUUGGGGCACUCAACAUGUCCCUGCUAUCUGGUCAUAUCUUCAGGAGGCGAGGAGGCAAGGCUGACCCUGUACACUAAACGAGUACCUCAUCUGUACUGUAUGCAUUCAACAACCGCAUUAGAUACCGUCAAGAAU